GGCGGCGGUGGGAGAGGCUGGGUUAAUCAUGAGCUGGUCUUCCGAAGGGGGCGGGCGGGGCCAGCGGCAUGCCUCGGCAGGGCAAGGUCCCCGCCGCCCUCUUUUCGCGGGCGCUGCUCGGGAGAGGGAGGCUCCGGGCCCCGGGGGUUCCCUGGCAAGCCCCCGAGCCGAAGCCGAGGCCGAUCUCCGCCGCCAUGACCGAGGAGGCCAAGAGACUGGCCGCUGGGGCUGCGGUGGACAACCACGUGCAGACUAAUCAUGUCCUUGGAAUCGGAAGUGGCUCUACAAUUGUUCAUGCUGUACAUAGGUUAGCUGAGAGAGUGAAACAAGAAAAUCUAAGCAUAGUUUGCAUCCCUACAUCUUUUCAGGCACGUCAGUUAAUUCUGCAGAAUGGCUUAACUCUAAGUGACCUGGAUAGACACCCUGAGCUGAAUGUUGCCAUUGAUGGAGCUGAUGAAGUUGACAUGGACCUCAAUCUUAUCAAGGGAGGAGGGGGCUGCCUGACCCAGGAGAAGAUAGUUGCUGGCUAUGCAAAAAGUUUCAUAGUUAUUGCUGAUUACAGAAAAAAGUCUGAACACCUUGGAGAGCAAUGGAAGAAAGGAAUUCCAAUUGAAGUCAUCCCGAUGGCCUAUGUGCCGAUCACCAGGGCUUUGGCCAAGAGGUUUGGAGGCGUUGCAGAACUAAGGAUGGCUGUCAAUAAAGCAGGCCCAGUGGUGACAGACAAUGGGAACUUCUUACUAGACUGGAAAUUUGACAAAGUUCAUAACUGGAAAGAAGUAAACAUGGCAAUCAAGAUGAUACCAGGAGUGGUAGAAACUGGCCUUUUUAUCAAUAUGGCGGAGCGUGUUUACUUUGGCAUGGAAGACGGCUCUGUCAGUGUGCGCGAUAAGAGAGUCCACUGACUGCCAUUCAGCCUCUGCAUAUCUACGCUGCCUUCAGCCUGUUACAGUUUAUCCUCAUGGUGCCAACUUGACAUCUUGCCUUAAAACACAUCUGUCCGGAUCUAGAUGUAUGAAGCGGAAGGUCCCGCAGAUUUCACAAAUACUGAAAGUGAAUGUUGUCUUAAAAUCUAUUUUUUUACUUUUUUCAUGUAAUUUUUUUAAGUGAUCAAUCACUAUUUUAAUCUCUUUUCACUUGGGUUUUUAUACAAAACAUUUACCAAAAAGGAUGUUUUACACAAUACUUGAACCAACUGGUUGCUUGGUGGGAGAAAGAUAGUGGCCUGAAUCCUAUUGGUAAUCCCAACUAGAUUCACGGAAGCAAUUGGAUUUACGUACAACUGAUUCUGUGUGCCAUUUCUAGUUGGGACUAUUGAUUAGGAUACAUUUUUUGCAAGACAUGCAUCCAGCUGGGAAUCACAGAUGCCUUAUUGGAAUCUUUUUGGUUCUAUAAUUUAUGCCUUUUAAUGAUUUUACCAUAAAUGUUUAUAAUGACAAAGAAUGUCUAGUUAGUGUCACAUUAUAAUGCAGCUGCUAUUUAUGCAGUUGGCCUCAGAAUGGGAACGGCCUUUUAAGUUUUGUUUAGAAGCAACUCGUAAUUUCCCACAGCAUUAUUGAUAUUCACACAUUGUAUGGGUAAUGUUUGAAAGAAAGGGAUCACCAUGCCUUGCACCUUAAAGUAGUGUCUCUGGUCCUAGUCAACAUUGACAUUGGAUGAACCAUUGUGCACAGCUCAAUAUGCAUGAGCCACACUUUUAAAUAUUCCAAAGUGGCAUGGGAGAAGCCCUACCAAAGUCUCCAAUCAAUUGCACACAAUGCCUGAAUUAAUCAGAAUUCAUACCUGACUUUAAAAGUGUUUCUGUCUUUUAAAGGAAGGGAAAUAUUUCGGUUGUACGGUAUUUGCUCAAUUUUAGUUGAAUCACCUAGACAGACUGAACUGGUUUGGUCAUAUUUAACAUGGCAAGUUGCUGAUUCCUUGUAUGCUGGCGAUUCCCAAUCUAUUGUAUUUGAUUCAAACAAGAACUGAAGUUCCUGGAUAGAUUGUUCUAAUGUAGCAAGAGCAAGGCACUUGUUAAAUCUGUUGUUUCCAUUUCAGAGUGCUUUGCAUGGUACUGUAUGUCAGAAACAAGAGCCUUCAUGUUGUCUGUUUUAGGCUCUGAAAUAAAAGCUGCAAUGUCAGCUUUAUGUUUCUCUGUUUUGUGGUCAUAUGCCUUUCUGGUUAACUAAAUAAAACAAAACCUGCCUUGCCAAAUCA